AUGCCGCGACCGACGCGCGACACCUAUGGCGACCAGAAGCCGCCCUACUCGUACAUCUCCCUCACGGCCAUGGCGAUUUGGUCGUCGAGGGACAAGAUGCUGCCCCUCGCCGAGAUCUACAAGUUCAUAGCGGACAGGUUUCCGUACUACAGGAAGGACACCAGGCGCUGGCAGAACUCGCUCAGGCACAACUUGUCCUUCAACGACUGUUUCAUAAAGGUGCCACGGGGUCCGCACAGGCCCGGCAAAGGCGCCUACUGGGCCCUCCACCCGGCCGCCCUGUCGAUGUUCGAGAACGGCAGCCUACUACGCCGCCGCAAGCGCUUCAAGCUCCACAAGCCCGACAAGGAGCUCCUCAAGACCGAGCUCCAAGCCCUCGCCUCGGCAAUGCCACCCCCGCGAUCCAGCGCCGAGCUCCCGUCACCCGUCCUCGACCGCCCCACCUCGACCCCCAUGGCCCCGACCACCGGCAUCGGGGGCCUCAGCUCCGCCAACCUCCACCGCCUGCGCGAGGACCUCAUGCGCUGGGAGAUGCAGGAGAGGCGAAUGAUGCUCGCCGCGGCCGCCGUCGCCAGCCAAGGCGCCCCCACCGCUGCCACCCUCGCCCCGACGACGACCAGCACCGCGGCCACGACGGCGGCCACGCUCGGCUGCCCGAGUUACUACCUCCUGAGCCCCGAGGCCCGCCAGCGCCUCGUCGAGGGCGCCACGGGCGAGCCGGCCCCCUUCGAGACGACGGCCCUCCUCCAGACCGCGGCCUCCUGGACCUUCUCGGCGUUCGGGGGCACGGGCAGCACCGGGGCUACUGGCUACCUCGGGGCGACGGCGGGUCAACCGAGCUACCCGGGCGGCGGGGGCGCGGAUCCGUAUUACGCGGCCCGCGAGGACUACCCCCUGAUGCUCGAGGCCCCGACGAUACCGAGCACGGCCAUCUCCUCGAGCCAGGCUGGCCUCGGCCUUGGGGGUAAGCACUACCACCACCACCACCCCCACCACCAGCUGCACCAGCAGAUCGGAAAAAAGGCCAAGAAGCCCUUUACGAUCGAGAACAUCAUAGCACCCGACGAUCAUCAGCGCCAUCACCACCACCAUCACCACGGGCAGCCGGGUGAGGUGGGCAAAAGGCUCGUGGUGGAGGAGGAGGAGGAGCUGGGCAAGAAGAUCGUGCUGUCGAUGCCGCGGCCGAUCUACGCGGCGCCGGGAUUUGGGCUGCAGCCGGGGGUCGACGCGGCGCUCCAGAGGCCGAGCUACGGGGCCGCGACUUGA